AGGGCACAGUUAUCACAUGUAGCGAAGCUACACUGACUUUAAUCAAGUGUGUCACUGUAAUUAGGUUUGUUAGUGUGUAAAAUGGACAGUUUCGGUUCAGAUUUCUCAUCGAACUCCUCGUCUGGUAAAAUGGACACUGGCACUAUAAUGGAGCAGGUCAAAGUUCAGAUUGCUGUUGCAAACGCGCAAGAGCUGCUGCAGAGAAUGACUGAUAAAUGCUUCAAGAAGUGCAUUGGCAAGCCAGGAAGCACACUGGACAACUCUGAACAGAAAUGCAUUGCCAUGUGUAUGGACCGAUACAUGGAUGCGUGGAACACAGUCUCCCGCGCAUAUAAUUCCAGAUUACAGAGGGAAAGGGCACGUAUUUGAUGUGCAGAUGGCAGUCAGUACUACCUCAGUCCUCAGGUAGAGAUGUCUAGUCUCUGAAUACACGACAGAUGUAUAGACUUGGCUCUCUUACCAAGCAAAAACAACAGCUGAUGGCUGCAGAAGGAACCUGGUGGUUGGACUUAGACUCCACAUGGACAUUCAUUAUAUUUUGUGUGUUAAAAUAAUUAUAUAAGACUUAAAAUAGCUGUUUAAUAAUUGACAUUCAGAUUAAGGGAUUGAUAAUUGUAGUAGAAGCAACUCUUAUGCUUAAAAUGAUGGCUGGAAUCGGGGUAAUAAAAGAAUGAGUCUGGAUUUUAGCUGCACUUUCCUGUUCGGAGGUUUCACUGUGUUUAAAAACAAUGCUAAAAUUCAGAUUCUUCCCCUUUCGCUGUUAUUCAUUUAUCAAGCAGCCAAUCAAAAUGCAGCAUUACCGUCUGUCUUUUGUCAUUGGGUGGAUGUUACUCCAUUCCCUGAGGGAAGGGCUCACUUUACCAACUCUGUUCCACAAACCUAGUUCUUCUCCCAGGGGGGGAGAAAUCAGAGGCGCCUUUGUUGCAAUAAUUGUCGCUUCUUCACCAGGAGCAGCCAAAAAGUCCUUCUUACUUACCUCUGAAGAACAAACCGCAAUUGUGGACCCUGGAGUGUCAUUUGUCUCAUUGUCUCAUAAGUACAGUAGUAGGGUUGUUUAACUGCAAGCCUUUGUUGUUCAGUUUGUGUGCACAAGUCCGAAUUUCCCAUUUUCAUUGCUUCGAGUCUUGGAAAGAUUUGGUACAGAGACACAAACUCCACCAAGGUAUGUCCAGAGACAGAUGUUGUGUAAUUGUCACCAAGCUGUUUUAAUGAAAUGCAAAUAAAUACCACCAAUUAGUCCAAUUUUAUUGAUGUUUAUUCUUUCAUUGGUUAAGAGAUGUAGCACCAUUUGUACAAAUUAGGCCUGAAACACUAAGAAAGUAAAUUAACUCACGUGUUGCAUUCCCAGCAUUGCCACAGGGGGCGCUAUAGCAUGCAUUUCUGAACUGUCGUCUUGUAUAGUCUGGUCAAGUAUUGUCAUGGUGGAGCAAUAGUUUGAAAAUAAUCUUGUUCAGGCCCUGUCCCAAAUGGCACCCUAAACCCUUGCGGUCUUCUUCUGAGUCCAGACUUUUGUGAUGUAAUGCCACUUUGACUGUCGGCUAGAAGUCUGAUGCGGAGCUCGCCAGAAAUGCGGAUCGGGGGCGCUCGCAAGCACCCUUCUGAACAGUAGGGACACCCUACAGUCUUGUGGACUUAAGAUACAUGCACACGGCGGCCAUUGUAAGUUCGUUAGACCGCAAGUGCACAUGAAAUGUUCCAUCUGGGACAGAGCCUUAAUGGCAUAAACAUGAUUUGAGGUUUACAUUGUAAUAUACAAUAUGUUUCUUUCCUUAAUCCUUCUUUCCACAUCAACCACAUAAAAACAAAUCACCUCCAUUGUGUAGCAAAGUCCAUUUUGUGUCACAGGAAUCUAAAUCCUCCUGGUGAUUUUUGUCUCUUGAAAUUGGAAUUCAUCAAAUUUCUCGCAAGCGAAUGUU